AGUAAGGGAUUCUGCAAUCGACUACCGUGUGGCAGGUGAGAAUGAGGACGAAACUGACCUGGGACAGAUUACGUCUUCGUCGAUGAGCAUAAUCGGCAUAAACGCCUCAAGGGUGAAUGGCCCCGUGCUUCCCGGCUCUGAACUACAAGCAAUGGUAUCAUCAUACUGACCAAAGCAGUGAUGCGUGCUUGCGAAGGCUGCCGGAGAAGAAAGAUCAAAUGCGAUGCCGCGACGACGAAUUCAUGGCCAUGCGCCGCGUGCACACGGUUAAAACUCACCUGUAUCCCUCCGACGGUGAGCUACGAGAACGAUUCGGGACCUGGCUUGCAUACAUUCGACCUGAACUCUACGCAUGCAUAUCCCCCGAUGGGUUCGGUUGACACGGACAGCUUGCAACGGCCGCACCAUCCGAUGCGCGCAAAUACCUUCCCAUCCGCCGAAGUCCAUACGGCCAUGUACUCGUCCGCUCCGGGCGCAUACGAUCCCGGGCGUCUGUAUUCUCAGGGUACCUAUGCACCGGGGCGAUACGUCGACCCUAACGACCCGUUGCAGUAUUCCACGGUUCCCACAACCCAGGCGGCCGAUGAUCUAAAGUUCACAGGGCAAGCAUUGUACACCAGCCCCACAAGUGAGAGUGGGUGGAGGUCUGAUCUUGGAGACACGGGGAUUGCAGAGGCUCUCGGGCAGCUCAGGAUAGACCACGAUGCCAUCGCUCCGUACAUCCUGAGCCAAAAGAAGCUAGCCGAAGCGCCCGCCAUGCAUGAACUGGAGAUCGAUAUCCCAGAGCAUACGGGACCUGGCAUGACCGUACACAUACCCUCAGAGAUGAUGCCUUCGGAGACCAAAGCACUGCAUUAUUUCGAGUACUUUUUUGCUCACAUUCACCCGUUCGUGCCCGUCCUGAACCGAGCGUAUUUCUACCAGCAGUGGCAGGCGGAUCGCUCCUCCAUCUCACCGUUGCUUCUUGAAGGAAUAUUCGCCUGCGCAUCCCUCAUGCUCGGAGAGCAAGAUGAAGGGAACAAAUGGCUGGCCUUAGCUUCGAAACACGAGGAGAAUUUUCGAGACGUGCCUCGAUUAAGCACGAUCCAAGCAAUGAUCCUCCUUCUCAAAGCGAGGGAGGGUUCACCGAAACGGGGUUACUUUUACCGCUCAUGGAUGACGGUUGUGAAUGCCGUCGCUAUGUCCAAAGACCUCGACUUGCAGGAGCAUCUGGAGACGCACCAGUUGGGCAAACCGUGCGGCUCGUCGUUAUACGACUGCGGCAUUAAGACGCGUGUGUGGGACACUCUGUUCGUGUUGGAGGUCAUGGUCGGUGGCCCGCAAGGACGCUCCGCGCACGACUUCGGAGUCAAACCGGACACUGUUGAACUGGAUCCUCCGCAGGGUAUCCCGGGGUUCGACGAGCACGAGAUGCAGCUGACUCGCCAAUUUACCUACUUCAUGCGGAUCGCAGACAACAUCCGUAACACGAACAAGAGCCAUCUUACCCUCCGAAAGAGGCAGAAAGAUUGGGCCGUGGAUCCUCGUUUCACCGCUCAUAACCAGGUCUUUUCGCAGUGGCUUCACGACCUUCCGCAAGACUUGCAGAUCAUAUACCCCCAAGAGCCAUCCUUGCCCUGGAUUCCAUCGACGUUUGUUGGCCACCUCCACUGCUACCACUACUUGAGCCUCAUCAUGCACCAUCGUCCUCAGAUUGACUGGCUGUCCGGUGUGAAUGAUGCCUCGUGGAAACAACAUUUCAUACUCUGCUACAACGCUGCCAAGACCAUGUGCCGCAUUUCUGAGUCUAUAUGGGAGGGUCAUGGGCUUCCUGGACUGGUGAGCAUGCUGCGAGGCAUCAGCUUUACCAUCUACUGCACGCUCACGUGCAUCAUGCUUCAUUUGGCCGCGAUAACGAGCCCAGACGCCGAGCUCAACCACGAUGCGCGUGAAUACUUCUCCCGGCAUAUGCGGGUUCUCGAGAAGGUCGCGCCCGCGUUCCCGAUGCCAGAAAUGCAGGCGCAGAUCAACGGACUCCGAGAAGCGUUUUCCGCCGACGUCACGAAGCCCUUCGAGCUGAAGGCCUCGUUCCCGUUCUCCAGCCCCACGCUUCGAAGCGAGGCCAGCCCCAUCGGCACCGACAAUACGUAUCAGCAUCAGCUUUCCGGUCAGGACCUUCCAUCCAUUGACCCUCCAGGUCAAGUCACCUACCAUACCCAUCCCAUCACCCCACCGAUCUCUGCCACAGGCUCGGAUACCAGGGCUGACUCUCCUGUAGUUCAGUCGCUGAUGUUGAUGGCACAAGGCCAGGGGCCCCCUCAAUCGUCGACCGGCAUGCCGGCAGUGGAGCAUUGGAACCCGUCAAGAAUAUUUGACCAAUGGCAUGUAGCAUUCGGUACGCCUACUUCCCAGAAUACCAACGACUCCUCUUCCCAAGCGUCCCCACCUCUGAGACCACCCCCCCUAGCAAACAACGCGUUCGAUCAACGGUCGGUCCAAGAGCAGGCCCCUCCCAGUGUUGCGGCGGCGCCUCAACCCGCGUAUAACCAAGCAUACGUUCCCCAACGCGCACCAGGGCAGACACUCGCGUCCAGCCCCGUGCAACAGGCGCCAUCGUACGUCACGCCGAGCAUGUGGCAGGAUGCGGUGGCCAGUUCGUUCAGCGGGAUGAAGCGGCGCUGGGAUUACGGCGCGCCUAAUCAGGCCACUUCGGCCGCUCAACCGCAUCAAUGAGACAUAGGAACUUCAUAGCGCCUUGUUCGUUACGGAUUAUGUUACUAUGGCAUUUGGGUCGCCUCAAGUGCCUGGUUAGCCAGACAAUGUACCUGGCAUUCACUGAAAAUUCCGAGACAUCUCUAGGCGAAGGCCUCACUUGAGGAAAGGAUAGCCUUCCAUAGGCGAAGGCCCGACAUCCACGAGCUUGGAUUUAAUGGAUAUUUAUUUGGGAUUGGGAUUUCAUGGACAGUUUUGCAAUUAAUCAGGUCGCGUUCUAUACGGUUUAUAAACGACGGUUAUGGAAUGCUCGACUGUACAAAAUGACGAGAAAAUCCUG